UGGACUGAGAUUUAACAGUUGACCCUCAACAGAGCAUCAGAGGCCAUAACUUCAGCGGCCCCUGGAGCUCAACGAUGUCUUCUCUCAGGAACUUUCUGAACGACUCCGUCAUCGUUCAUCCUCCCGGCUUCUACAUCAUUGGAUUUCAGAAGCACCCGUUCAUCAGGGUGUACUUCAUCUUCCUGGCUUUUGUCUAUGUCGUCACAGUGCUGUUUAACACGUUGGUGAUCUCCAUCAUUGUCUUUAAUCACUGUUUGCACACUCCAAAGUUCUUGGCCGUGGUCAACCUCGCCGUCAUCGACGUGGUCCUGAACACGUGCACCAUCCCCAGCAUGAUCAAGGUGUUCCUCGUCAAAGACAAUUUCAUCCCGUUCAACCUGUGUUUGGUACAAAUGUUUUUCUACUACGCUUUUGCCACGUUGGAGUCGUAUGCACUCGCCGUACUUGCGUACGACCGAUUGAUUGCGAUAUGUUUCCCUCUGCGUCAGAACUCGAUCAACACACUGAGAAACAUGUUUUGUAUCGUUGUCCUGUCUUGGUGUUUCUCUACGGGAAUAACAGCAUUUACAAUUAGUAUCAUGACUCGACUGUCGUUUUGUAAAUCAGUUGAAGUCUUCAGCUACUUCUGUGACUAUGCACCCGUGUUUAGACUCGCCUGCAAUGAUUACACACUGCAGUGGACUGCGACGUCUGUCCUCAGUGUCCUGCUCCUGGGUGGACCGUUCUCUUUCAUUUUUCUGUCUUAUGUCAGCAUUCUGGUAACCGUGUUUCGGAUGAAGUCACUGGCCAGUCGGAUGAAGGCUUUGACCACUUGUGUUGAACAUGUCAUCCUUGUCGCUGUGUUUUACAUUCCACUCAUUGUCAUUUUCAUGAUAGGCUUUUAUCUGGGAGCCAUUAACCCCGACCAGCGUGUGCUGAGUCUGUCUCUGGCCUCUUGCCUCCCUCCCUGCAUUAACCCCAUCGUGUAUUCCCUGAAAACACAGGAGAUCAAGAACAGAGCCCUGGCACUGUUCAGAAAAAACAGAGUUGACGUGCGACAAAAAGGCAGUUCUUGGAGGGUGGCAAAGAAAAAAUCACAGCAAUAAUGAAGGAACUUUGUGCCCGUGGGAGAAUGAACUGUGUGUCAUCAUUUGCUCGCGUCGUAUGCUGUGGUUCAAACUCCACAAUCUUUUAUACACAUAUA